AUGGCCGGCGAUAAAAUCCCUAACAUUGGCCACCUCGACAAGCCCGAAAAUUACAAAGAAUUGCUUAAGGCCGACCGGGGCGAAGAUUGCGUCCCGUGUCGUGUCGUCGGUGGGGGCGCAUUCAUCGGACUAGCUGCGUACAGCUACUUCUCGGGCAACAAGCAGCUCGAGAAGCAGCAGACCAAGAUCCUGGCUAGCAAGAGCAUGUUCGGCAUGAGGAGCAGACGGUUCGGCAUUGCGGGCACGAGUUUGGGAUUAGUUUGGUUGGGUAUUUAUCGGAUGUUCAUGUGA